AUCAAAUGGAUUAUAAUAUGAAAUUUGUAGAAUUAUUAAAAAAACAUGAAAAUCAUUAGAUGAUACUUCAAGUAGCAUUGGAUAUAAUGCUUCAGGAGAAAAAUUACAAAAAUUAAUUGACAAAGUAUAGAGAUGAAUUGAGAAGAGAUGAUAAAAUAUUAGUAACUAAAUGCACAAAAGCAUUAAAAGAAUUAGCAAUGAGAUCAUAAUAAGAUUAAACAAAAGCUUUAGAGAAAAUAAGUAAAAUUGAUUAAUAGAUUAUGCUUUAUUUAAAAGAUUAAGUUUUACCUAUCAUCCAUUUUGAUAGAAAGUUAAAUAAUUAUACUUUUAUAAAGUAUUAUACUGAUCCAGGUAUUUGAAUGAAUUAUAAUAGAAAAUUCAAAAAGUCCAUAAGAAACAAUAAUUGAGACUUAACACAAAGAAAAUACAAAUUUGGAAACAUUCGAAGCUGAUUUUUCAAAGUUAGAGUGGAAAUUAGAAAUUACUUUGUCUAGUAUAAAGAUGAGAAAAGUAUUAUUUAAUAAUGAGUAAUGAUUAGGUAAUUCGACCAUUAAUUCUUUUAAUAUUCCAUACAAAAAAAGGAGUGAAGAAAACAAUGUACUUAGAUUACAAUCAAUUCUAAGAGUUCAGAAAGAAUGUUGCAUUGGUUUUAAGAUAAAUCCAUAUAAUUGAGAGUAUUUAAAGUAAUUUUUGA